CUUUCACAGACACCCUUUUCUUGCUUUGAACAUCCAGAUUUAUUCGAAAUAGAGAAAGGUCUAAUACCAAUAUACUUCUUUCACGGUUGAGAUGUCGACCAAUAUCCGAUCGGAUCGAUUGGCCAAAUACCUGGCAGCUGUUCUGCGUGAAAACCAGGAGAUUCGGGACCUCAGCGACUUCAAGAGGUUCAUAGAUGCCAUACUGAACACAAAGGAGCCUUGCGGGGCUGUGGAGCGAUUGGUUAGCAAUGAGAAUGCCCUAAGUGCUCUCCGACAUGGCUUGAGGUUCGACAUCACACCGGCCUUCAUCAAUAAGUAUACAUCCAAGUUCCUUAACUUUUUGCGAAAGCCCGAAAUCAAGCUCCUAUGCAAUGGUAUUUUUCUGGAACGGAUUCUUGUUAUCAUUGUGGAACCCCGGACACUCUGGAAAUCGCUUCUAGAUGCCUUCUUCACCCGAAAACUGGAUGAUGAUGCAACCCACGUCUUCUGUUGGUUGACUACAGAAGUUUUAUCGUUGCCAGCCUCUUCUGGAGUAGAUAUCACGACUGAUGCCCAGGCUAUGCUGAGUGAUGGGUAUCUUGAAUCGUCGUCAUCGGCUUUACUACGCAAUCUGGGACAUAAGAUCAAGUAUCUCCUCGACAUGAGAUCUUCCGCAUCCACUCUGCUCACAACCGAAGACACAGUCGGCGGCCGCCACGAUAAUGAUUUUGCUGACUUCCGCCUAAUCGCAAUUCUUCCCACCACGGAUGAAUUAAGUUGUGCCGAGAAACCAUUCUAUCGACGCGUGGAGGAGAUCGCACAACUCUCCGGGGUCCAACGCAUCGCGGCGCAUGCGGACAACCAAUUCCGACUCUUACGCGAAGACAUGCUGUCUGCGCUGCGAGAGGAUAUUCAUGUUGCAACGAGCACGAAGAAAAAACGACGAACGGCGCUGCGGCUGCGGGGGCUAUCGCUGGCUAACAUCUCCUGCGUCUCGGCCGAUUUAAGAUACAUCCGCCCUUGCACUAUUGGCAUCACUGCAAAGUCAGGCCUGGAAAAGCUGAACACUCUUUCCCGAGCGGAAGCUAAAGGGUUUCUCAAGAAUACUCCGCAGUAUGUCAAACACCGCGCUUUGGGCUGUUUUGUACGGAACACGGAAAUUGUGGCAUUUGCUACAAUCGAACGGAACCUCGAUGAUUUGUUAGCCGUGCCACCGGUCGUCAAGCUACGGGCAGCCGGCAGGGAAGCAAUGCGAAAGACUCUGCUCUUUCUGAAACUCUACGAUGAUGUCGAGUUCCUGGUGGUUGAUACAGCGACUUUCGCUUACGAGCCAAUUCUGAAAUGUCUGCAGGAGAGAGUUGAAUUCCCUUUCACGGAAGAGUUGUUUCUCUAUGAAAGAGGCCAGCCCCUCAAGGAUUCUGCCUUGGCACCUCAGAGUGUGAUUAGCGAGUUGCGGAAGAACGACCGACCCCGUCUUCAAGCUACUUUGAAGACAACCAAGCAAGUAACACUAGACCCGUUUCAACGCGACUCCCUACUCGCAGGACUGACACAAAGGGUCAGUUUGAUUCAAGGGCCUCCAGGUACUGGGAAGUCGUUUAUAGGGGCACUUCUGGCCAAAGUUCUUCAUGACUUUACCGAUGAUAAGAUCUUAGUGAUGUGCUACACAAACCACGCCUUGGACCAAUUUCUGGAAGAUCUGCUGGAUAUAGGCAUUGAAGCAUCCGACAUCGUCCGAUUAGGAUCCAAGUCAACACCAAGAACGGAGCCCCUGAGCCUCAAAGAGCAGAAGCUUACCAGGAAAAGACCCAAUUCUGCCUGGAAUACCAUUAACGCACUCAAUGACCAGGCUCAGGACCAGCGAGACAACAUUAUGAGCUCAUUCGCAGCGUACCAAGAGCUGUCAGCAAAUCCUUUGGCGAUUCUGGACUACCUGGAAUUUGAAGAGCCCGACUACUUCGAAGCCUUCACUGUACCCGAAGACGAAGACGGAAUGAGCGUGGUAGACAAACAAGGGAAAACAAUUAAGAAGGGCUAUCUCUACGAGCGUUGGACCAGAGGCCAGUCACCAGACCCUGUGGCUGAGUCCCUUCCAGCUAGAAGCUGCACUAUCUGGGCUUUGGAUCAGAAAUUCCGUGACGAGAAAGUACAAGCGUGGAAACGGGCUCUGCUGAAUGAACAAGCUGAAUCUCUUGCAGUCCAGAUGGACUUACUGGACGAUUGUCACGCAAGGUUAACUGCGAUCUUAGGGGAGAAAACCCGGGAGAUCCUCAAGAAAAAAAAGAUCAUUGGAUGCACCACAACGGCCGCGGCUAUGUAUGCUGACGAUCUUAAGCAUAUAUCACCCGGCAUCGUGCUGUUAGAGGAAGCAGGAGAGAUUCUUGAGUCUCAUGUUCUCACUGCAUUAUCUCCGGAUACGAAGCAUUUGAUACUGAUUGGCGAUCACUUGCAACUCCGGCCCAAGAUCAAUAGCUAUGCUCUGAGCAAGGAAAUAGGGGACGGAUAUGACCUCAACGUGUCUCUGUUCGAAAGAUUAAUUCAUACGGGAUAUCCACAUAUCACCCUGCAGAAGCAACAUCGAAUGUGUCCAGAGAUCUCCGAUCUUGUACGGUCACUUACUUAUCCUCAGUUACAAGACGACGAGAAAACCAAGACCCGUCCUAAGCCUCGUGGCUUGACUGACCGCGUGAUUUUCAUCAAUCAUCAGAACCCCGAACACAGUUUUUCAGCAAUCUCCGACCGACGAGACGAAGAAGCUAAGCAGUCUAAACAGAAUGCAUUUGAAGCGGAAAUCGUGCUGGCGAUCGUGAAAUACUUGGGCCAACAAGGAUAUGGAACGGACAAGCUCGUGGUCCUCACGCCAUAUUUGGGCCAACUCUCGCUCCUGCGACAGACUUUGAGCAAACAAAAUGAUCCAGUACUGAAUGAUCUUGACUCUCACGAUCUUGUAGAGGCUGGCCUCUUGUCACAGGCGAGUGCUGAUUAUUCCAAGCAACCGAUCAAGCUAUCGACGAUUGACAACUAUCAAGGCGAGGAAAGUGACAUUGUGAUCGCGUCACUCACGCGAAGUAACAGAAAUGGUGAUGUAGGAUUCAUGGCUGCUCCCGAACGACUUAACGUGCUUCUCUCCCGUGCCCGCAAUAUACUUAUCAUGGUGGGCAACUUGGAAACAUUUGCCUCCAGCCGCAAAGGCCAAACGUAUUGGAAGCCCCUCUUUGAUCGACUCAAGACCAAUGGGCAUAUCUAUGACGGACUGCCGAUCAAAUGUGAACAGCACCCUGGCACGACCGCCAUACUGAGCACAAAAGAAGACUUCGAGCGAGAAGCGCCAAAUGGUGGAUGCUCAGCCCCUUGUGGUGCCAAGCUAAGCUGCGGGAUACAUGAAUGCCCAUCCAAGUGCCAUAAGCUCGCAGAUCACUCCAAGAAGGUGUGCAAGAAGAUGGUCCAUAGAGACUGUCCCCGUGGACAUAAGUUGGUAUUGCCGUGCUCGACGAGUCAGACCUCAUGUCGCUCUUGUGCCCACGAAGAUAAGAUACAGAAGCAGAAGCAUGAUCAAGAUAUGAGACUCGAGGCAGAGCGAAAAAGAAGCCAAGCUUUAUACGCCCAGAAGCUCGCCGACCUACAGAGUGAAGCUUCACAUCUGAGACGCCUGAAUAGUGAUAAGUCAGUCGAGUCAGAGCGAGCAAGAGUCCUUGAGCAGUAUAGCCAAGAAAUCAAAGAGUUGCGAAGCUCCCAGUGCUCAAUAGAAAGCACACCCAGCACUCAAAGGGCUCAGGAAACAGUCUCGGGACUGAGUGAACCGCGGCCAAGGUCCCUUGAACCCCCAGCUGUCGGGAAUCUGGGAAGCCGAUCUAUGACUUCCCGUAACGAGCCCCGGGUAGAACCCCGCAGCCAGGAGGGUAUGCCUGAGCAGCCUGUCUCAAAGGCAAGGGAUGAUUGGGAAUACCAAAAAUCAUACUACAACUCUCAAAGCCCGGAAAUCGAUACUUUGAUGGAUAUGGUUGGUUUGGAGGCAGUGAAAUCGAAGUUCUUGACGAUCAAAGCCAAAGUUGAUAUCGCCGUCAGGCAGGAUGUCGAUCUGAGCCAUGAGAGAUUCGGUAGCAUCCUUGUCGGGAACCCUGGAACUGGCAAAACGACAGUUGCCCGACUUUACGCAAAAUUUCUGGCGGCGGUGGGUAUCAUACCCGGACACAAAGUGAUCGAGACAACCGGGUCGAGGCUUUCAAAUGAAGGCGUCCCCCAAUGUCAGAAGAUGGUUGAGCAACUACUCAAGGAUGGCGGAGGGGUGAUUUUCAUCGACGAAGCCUAUCAGAUGGUACAAGGAAACAAUUUUGGCGGCAGUCAGGUACUUGAUUUCCUCUUAGCUGAAGUCGAGAAUCUCACUGGCAAGAUUGUGUUCGUUCUAGCUGGAUAUCAACGCCCGAUGGAGAAAUUUCUUGCUCACAACCCUGGACUUCCCAGCCGUUUCCCUCUUGAGCUCAAAUUCGAUGAUUUUGACGAAGCUGAACUCCUCAUGAUCGUCAGAGCUUGGAUCGAAAGGAAGUGGAAAAGGCAGAUGGAAGUCGAUGGUGGGCUGGAUGGUCUUUACUGUCGUAUUGUGGCCCGGCGCAUCGCGCGCGGACGGUGUCAAGAGGGUUUCGCUAAUGCGAGGGCUGUUGAAAAUGCCAUGGCAAAAAUCACUGAGCGACAAACUGAGCGACUGAUGAAGCAAAAGCGGCAAGGAGGCUCGCCUGUAAAUGAGCUUUUUCUUGACAAGGAGGACAUGAUCGGCCCAGAACCUUCUCAACGUCUCAAAUCAUCGAAAGCGUGGCAAAAGCUGCAAGGUAUGAUUGGGUUAGCCGAGGUCAAAAAGACGGUUGAAAGCCUGAUAGACACCAUCCAAUACAACUACCGUCGAGAGCUAGAUGAGCUCGCUGUGGUUGGCUACAAUCUCAACAAGGUCUUCCUCGGUAACCCUGGAACUGGGAAAACCUCGGUUGCAAGGAUCUACGGUCAAAUUCUCGUGGAUAUAGGACUUUUGUCAAACGGAGAAGUUGUUGUGAAAAAUCCAUCCGACUUCAUUGGGGCCGUGAUGGGAGAGUCCGAGAAGAACACAAAGGGCAUCCUCGCAGCUACCUUGGGAAAGGUCCUAGUCAUAGACGAAGCAUAUGGUCUCUCAACCAGUGGCAGUUCUGAUGGUGCAGGGGCCCGAUCUGACCCAUAUAGAAGCGCCGUUAUUGAUACCAUAGUGGCUGAAGUCCAGAGCGCCCCCGGGGACAAUCAAUGUGUUCUACUACUGGGGUAUAAAGAUCAGAUGGAGCAGAUGUUUCAAGCUGUCAAUCCAGGUCUCAGUCGGCGUUUUCCAAUUGACCAGGCCUUCAUCUUUGAAGAUUUUAGCGCACAGGAGCUGGGUCUCAUCCUGGACCUGAAACUGAGUGAACAGGGGUACAGCAUCACUGACCAGGCUCGCCAGGUGGCUUUGGAAAUGCUAGAGCGAGCUCGGAAUCGACCCCACUUUGGUAAUGCUGGAGAAAUCGACAUUCUGCUCAACAUUGCAAAAUUGCAUCAUCAGGGGCGCAUCUCGUCGAAUGGACUUGGCAGUCGCGCGCUUGAUUCCGUCUUAGAUGCGGUCGACUUUGAUGAGAAUUUUGAUCGCGUUGAAAAGGGCGAAUUCAAUAUGAAAAAGCUUUUUGAAGGGGUGGUAGGCUGUGAAAGCAUAAUAUCCACACUUGAAGGAUACCAGAAUAUGGUCAAGCGCCUCAGAGAGCUACACAUGGAUCCCCGUGAGCAGGUGCCGUUUAACUUCGUGUUUCGAGGGCCCCCAGGGACCGGCAAAACAAGCACAGCCAGAAAAAUGGGGCAGGUGUACUACAAUAUGGGUCUCCUGUCCUCGGUUGAGGUCAUAGAAGCGUCUGCUACAGACCUAGUAGGCCAAUUUGUUGGGCAAACCGGCCCGAAAACCCAGAAACUGCUGGAACGUGGUCUCGGAAAGGUUCUCUUCAUAGACGAAGCAUAUCGUCUUGCUGAGGGUCAUUUUGCCAAAGAGGCUAUGGAUGAGCUUGUUGACUGCAUCACAAAGCCCAGAUUUGCUAAGAAAGUGAUCAUCAUUCUGGCUGGCUAUGAUGCUGAUAUCAACCGCCUCAUGACCAUCAACACUGGUCUUACUAGUCGUUUCCCGGACUCUUUUCAGUUUAAAUCUCUUUCUCCCCAAGACUGCAUCGAAUUACUGAAUAAGCUUCUGAAGAAGCAAAAAGAAACAAUCUACAGUACUUCAGGAGUGAACUUCAACAUCAGUUGUCUUGAUGACUCAAGUUUCGAUUACCACAGGAGAUUGACCGACGGAUUCGACGCCUUGUCUCGAACUGCAAGCUGGGCUAAUGCCAGGGAUGUUGAGACACUGGCAAAAGCAAUCUUUGGAAAAACUAUAAAGACGUCACAGUCGCUCUGUGGAGCGGAGCUUGCAUUGAGCAGGGAUACAGUGACUGAGGAGCUUCAUGACAUGUUAGUUGAGCGUCGAAGUCGCGGGCAUCUCCUGACAGAAUCAUCUGCCGUUAGCCUCAAUCACAAGAAAAACCUACAAGUGUGCAUCGAAUCCCCGCAACCACAAAGUGAGGAAUCUCAAAGCCUGAAAUCGAACGUGAAAGCCAAUGAUCAAGCUUAUGCACCAGUGCAGAAGAGCAGCGAUCAACAGGGUCUCGGAUCAGGGCGUGAGGCCGGUGUAACAGAUGAGGAUUGGAUUCAACUAGAGAAAGAUAAGGUAGCUGCCAAACAAGAUGAGAAGGAUUAUCUGAGGAUGACAGAGGAGAUGGAGAAGCAGACAAAAGAACUGCUGAGUUUGAAGGAAAAAGAGACUCAGGCAGCCCGGGCAGUGGAAGAGGCAAGACAGCAACAGAAUGAAAGGCUGAGAGUGCGCUUUGAACAAGAACGAGUGCGAUGCAAAAUGGAACGCAGGAGGCAAGAAGCAAUUGCUAGGGAACUUGAGAUCAAGCGACAAACCUUAGCUGAAGCUCGCCGCAAGGACCAGGCUACUCAAGCGAAGCUACGGAGCAUGGGAGUUUGUGUCCAAGGCUACCGAUGGAUCAAACGUCCUGGCGGAUAUAAAUGUGAAGGAGGAGGCCACUUUGUGCCAAACAGCCAACUCGAAUGAGAGUAGACUAGGGAGUUUUUUUUCUUUUUUUUUUUUCUCUUAUAUCUGUGAUGACAUUAGCAGGCCCGCCUGUCGCCUUAGACAAUAUGCAAGGUACCACCAUUAGGUCUCCAAUUUACAUACACGAUG